AAGCUCUUUCCCAAGCAAAGCCUGAGCGAUGAUGAGAUUGUUUUGAUCACCUGUCCUCUUGUCUCCUCCUCGUGUCCUCCUCCUCCCCCUGCCAUGCUGGCCAGGAUCUUCAUCCCCAAGAAGCACCGGCAGCGCUUCGACGAGGCCGUGUCGCGGAGCCUGAUCGAGCGCGUGUGCCGGCCGCCGGGGAAGGGCGGCGAGGCGGGCGGCCGGGGACGGCUCCGCCGCAGCCGCAGCCAGGAGCACCACGAGCGGCAGCACGGCUCCAAGCGCACCAGCUCCGUGCCCCGGGACCCCACCGAGAACGGCCUGCGCAAGAGCGCCACCGCCAACAUCCCCACCCUGCCCAUGGCUCUGGUCAAUAGGAGGACGUUGAGGGUUAACAGGGGCAAGAAGAGCUUUGGGUUCACCCUCCGGGGCCAUGCUCCUGUGUGCAUCGACUCUGUCAUCCCAGACAGUCCAGCAGAGGAUUGUGGUCUCAAGCCAGGAGAUCGUAUUCUGUUUCUCAAUGGCCUGGACAUGAGGAACUGCUCCCACGACAAGGUGGUGUCCAUGCUGCAGGGCAGCGGCGCCAACCCCACGCUGGUGGUGGAGGAGGGCCCGGCCUCGUACUCGCCGUCCGACUCGGAGGAGGCCGACCACUCGCCCCCACCGCCGCCGCCGCCGCCACAGCUGCCCCAGUCGCGCUCGCCCGCCCUCAGCUCGCUGCAGUGGGUGGCCGAGAUCCUGCCGCCCAGCAUCCGCGUGCACGGACGCACCUUCAGCCAGACCCUGGAGCACGUGCUGACCGUGCAGGAGCGCUACAGCAUCUGCAAGUCCCUGGAGACCUUCUUCCAGCACAGGAAUGUGGACACGCUGAUCGUGGACAUCUAUCCGGUGCUGGACACGCCGGCCAAGCAGGUGAUCUGGCAGUUCAUCUACCAGCUGCUGACCUACGAGGAGCAGGAGCACUGCCAGAGCAAGAUCUCCCGCUUCCUGGGCUUCAAGGCGGCAGGGACCCGUAAGUCUGGCCUGUCUCUAACAUGGAAGGAACCCAGCUCCCAUUUCGAGUUCUAUCCCGCUCCGGCCGACCCGUCGCCGGGCAGCGUGGAGUCCAACCCUUACGUGACCCUGGACAGCCCACUGCCCUCGCCCAACUUCCCCUCGCUGGCUGCCGACGACGGGCUGCCCAGUCCGCUGUCGCGCCGCCGCAAGCUCUUCACCUUCUCCCGGCCGCCCCGCAGCCGCGACACCGACAAGUUCCUGGACGCCCUCAGCGAGCAGCUCGGCCACCGCGUCACCCUCGUCGACGACUUUGUGGGCGGAGAGAACGACUAUGAGGAGAUGAGUUUCCAGGACGAGCAGGAGGCGAACGCGUUGCGUCGGCAGCUGAGCAGCGCCAGCAGCGACAUGCACAGCAGCAGCGACGACACCAACUCGCUGACCUACUCGUCCGGCUCCGACCACAUCCCGCCGCCGCCCCAGAGCCCCCCGCCCCCGCCUCCGCCCAUCCAGUUCACCGACCCCCCGCCGCCCAUCAUCGCGCUGCCCCUCGAGCCCCAGCUGCCCCAGCCGCCGCUGGCCUUCCAGCACCACCCCAUCAUCCCGGUGCCGCCCCCGCCCCCGCCGUGUCCGUUCCUGGCCGGCCGGCCGCCGCUGAGCAAGGUGCUCCCCACCAGGGAUGACCUGCAGGACCGCCGGCGCCACCAUCACCACCACCACCACCACCAGAACCAGCCACGCCUCCAUCACUCCCAGCAGCAGCAGCAGCAGCAGCAGCAGUCCCAGUCUAACCCAGGGGCGCACACCUCCCCCCAGCCCCGACCCCACGCCUCCAGCCACCAGCUCCACCACCCGCACCACCGGAGCCAGACGGCCAUGUUCCCGUCGCCCCACACCUCCCCCCAGCCGCCGCGCGCCUCCCAGCCCACGCACCAGACCUACGAGAGCGCCCUCAGCCAGAAGGUGCCCCCGCCGCCCCCUCCGCCGCUGCCCCCCUGUGAGCCCCCGCCCCUGCCCAAGCCCUCCCCGAGCGCCGGCGACUCCAACCACAUGAGCGUGAAGAGGCUGCGCUGGGAGCAGCUCGGGGAAGACCCAGAUUAUGAUAAACUUAGUGACAUGGUGAAGUACCUCGAUUUGGAGUUGCACUUUGGUACACAGAGGAGUUCCAAGCCCACCUUCCUCCCCGAGAGCUUUAAAAAGAAAGACGUGAUCGAGAUCCUCUCCCACAAGAAGGCCUACAACGCUUCCAUCCUGAUAGCGCACCUGAAGCUGUCCCCCGCUGAGCUGCGGCUGGUCCUCAUGACCAUGAGCACCGAGCACCGCCUGGAGCCGGCGCACAUCAAGCAGCUGCUGCUCUACGCGCCCGACGACGAGGAGGUCAAGCAGUACCAGCGCUUUGACCAGGACCUCUCCAAACUCAGCGAGCCAGACCAAUUUGUCCUCCAGAUGUUAUUGGUGCCUGAGUAUAAGACCAGGCUGCGUAGUCUCCAUUUUAAGACCACUCUCCAGGAGAAGGUGGAGGAAAUGAGAGCUGGCUACGAGUGCAUCUACAAAGCCUCCCUGGAGCUUAAGAGUAGCAAGAAGCUGGCAAAGAUCCUGGAGUUUGUGUUGGCAAUGGGGAAUUACCUGAACAAUGGUCAACCUAAAACAAAUAAAACAACUGGAUUUAAAAUUAACUUUCUCACUGAGCUCAGCACAACAAAGACUGUUGAUGGAAAGUCAACGUUUCUCCACAUUCUUGCCAAAUCACUAUGCCAACAUUUCCCAGAGCUCCUCAACUUUGCCAGGGACCUUACAACCGUGCCACUUGCUGCAAAAGUCAACCAGAAAGCCAUCACUACAGACCUCACAGACCUCCACUCGACCAUUGAAGACAUCCGGACUGCCUGUCUGAAGAUCCCAGCUACAGCCGAGGAUCGUUUUGCAGUCGUCAUGAGUAGCUUCUUGGAGAACAGCCACCCGGCAGUGCAGUCCUUAGAUUCACUCCAGCAGAGGGCCAUGGACGAGUUCAGCAAGGUGGCGUCCUUCUUCGGGGAGGACGGCAAGGCCACCACCACUGAGGCCUUCUUCGCCAUCUUUGCAGAGUUCACCUCCAAGUUUGAGCGUGCGUUACAUGAGACCCAGGCCACUGAAAACCCUCGAAGCCCACGCAUGACCUCUCCGCUUGCUUGGUGAGAAGCAGACAUAUCAACGAUUCUUGACCAAUGUGCCAACAGCUUGAAUAGCAAAGACCGUGGAGAGGGAAAACAUUGUAUGGAAUUCGUUCAGGCAGUAUGGCCAAACUUAAUCAAGGGUAAAGUUUUAUGUGAGCUCUAUUGCCUGAUUCUGACUGAUUCAGACUUUUAUUUAAAAUGUCAUAGUUAAUAGCAGAUGUUCAGGAGAUAUAAAUAUAUAUAUAUUUAUAUUUUAUACAGUGUUUGAUCAUAUUUGACAGUGGAAUUGUGCAGCAUGUGUAUGGACCUAACAAAGACUUCUGAAUGCCAGUGGCAAAGAAUGUACCCAGAGUAUAUAUUAUGUUUAGUUUGGUAAGAAUGAUGUUCUGAUAGAUGUGGCCAGGACUUAUCUGUUUUGUUUACUGCCCCCCACGCAUCCAUGGUUUCAGUAGUGAAAUAGACAUUACAGUAAUGCAGCAAAGGCAACUUGUACAUGGUAAAGAAAAUAAAUACAUGCUAUGUUAAUGGAUCACAUGCAAAUUCCAAAAUGAUCAUGAUUUUACAAAAGAUCCAGUAUUGAAAUGCUACAUGUCCUGACGUUAUAGUAAUACAGUGUAGUUUAAUUUAUGUGACAUUCGGCAAUUUCAAAAUAUGUUCUAAUCUGGAUUUUUGCUAGUUCAUUUAUUACGACAUGCCCAUAUUUAAGACCAGUGAGUAGCCUAGCAUGUGGCAUAGGGAACAGUUUGUGUGUUUCAGUCCACUCAAAGCUGAGUAUUGACUAAAAGAAAAAGAUAUUCUGGCACUGUUGGUAUAAUUAUUAUUUGUAAAGCAGUUACUGUCAUAUAUUUUUCUUAGUCUUAUUAUUUAUUUUUGUACAGUCAUUUCUUUCAUUUUGAUUAAUGGUGGAGUCAAUAUGUUAUUGUCUCCUUGAUAAGAGCAGAAUCAGAACAUAUUUAUGUUUAUUGUAUGUAUUGAAUACAUAUGAGGUGUUUUUUGUUCAGUCUUCCUUUUGUCAUAACUUCCCCCCUUCAGCUGUGUAGCUUGGUUUAUUUUAGGCCUUAUAGCUGUAUGUAAACCAAAAAUCUCAAAACAGCCCCACAUAUUCUGUCACAGAACCAUUAUAACUUUUGCUUGUGACAAAAUAAAGGCUGCUGUGAUGUCAAUACCCUUUAUUUAUUUGUGUUAACUUAUGUAAUGUAUAUGUUUUUAUGUUAUAAUGUAUCUCAGUAUCACUGUUCUGUAGUACAGCUACUGGCUUCAGUAUGUGGGCCAUAGACUUAUGCCGCUUGAUGUAUGUGUUUUAUAUUGUGAGAAUAAAUUUGCUUUU